UACGGUUCGUGAGAACUCACCAACAACAAAAUUCACGUGUUUACGCAUUGACAGAAUGGGAAAUUAUGAUUUUCGGAAGAGAAACACGUUUAUCAUCCCUUUGACAGAUUGAUUGACAGAUUGUGUUAUUAACUUGUGUACUGUGACGAGUAUUUUCAACAAAGAUGUUGAGCUAGUGCCACAGUAAUCUUUUACCAUGAUAUCACUAUCGGCUGCACUGAGGCUCUGCAGAUAUACAAAAUGUUACAACAAAAUUUUAACAACUUCAUACUCUGCGAGGCCUGUGAUAAAGGAAGAGCCUCUCGCAGAGCCACCAUGGAUAACAGUCUCCGGUGAUUCCAAACUUCCCCUUGAUAACUUAAAAUUGAAUCCAGAGAAUUUGAUACCACCUGCCCAAGUGUUGGCGAAAAAAAUCGGCGCCACCAGUUCACCAGAAGCCAGGAAUUUGGAGGGAGACUGGAAAGUAAUUGGAUUAGAGCCGAAAAAAUUACACAAACACUGUUUAGCUUUAUCGAAAAUCCGUCUAACGUCUCUAGUUGUCAUUACGACAAUGGGAGGAUAUGCUCUGGCACCAGGUGCCUUUGACCCUCAAACAUUCAUCAUGUGCGGCCUAGGUACUGGCCUCGUCUCAGCCACCGCCAACUCCAUAAAUCAGUUUUUUGAAGUUCCCUUCGAUGCCCAAAUGUCGAGGACGAAGAAUCGAGUACUUGUACGAGGACAUGUCACACCUGCACAUGUGAUCGCCUUUGCAACAAUUUCUGGUAUUACUGGACUUUCCAUACUGUAUUUUACUGUCAAUGGAUUGACAGCUGCACUCGGCGCCGCCAACUUGGUGCUGUAUACGGCUAUCUAUACACCAAUGAAACGAGUCUCAAUUCUCAAUACGUGGAUUGGAUCCAUUGUUGGAGCAAUUCCACCGUUGAUGGGUUGGGCCGGCUGUACCGGAGAAAUUCUAGCUCCUGGUGCCUGGAUAAUGUCGGGAAUGCUCUAUGCCUGGCAAUUUCCCCAUUUUAACGCACUCUCGUGGAACCUCAGACCGGACUACAGUCGAGCUGGGUACAGGAUGAUGGCUGUUACGAAUCCAGGACUCUGUAGAAGGACUGCUCUACGGUAUACAGGUGUAUUGAUGGGACUCUCGUAUUUAUCGUCCAUGUUGGAGGUCACCAAUUGGUGGUUCGCAGCUGCUUCUACUCCGCUCAAUGCAUAUUUCCUUUAUUUAGCUUGGCAAUUCAAUAAGAAAUCAGACAGCGCAAGUUCCCGAAAGCUGUUUCGUUUCUCUUUAAUUCACCUCCCAGUUUUAAUGCUCAUGAUGCUGUGCAGCAAGAAAUCCUGGUCCAGUGAAACAAGUGACGAAACGACGAGUCAGAAAUUUAGUAGAAAAAUUGCAGAUUUGUUUGAGACCUCGACGAGGCUGUUUUCACCAACCUCAGUGUAGAUUAAUAGAUUUUUAAUUGUGUAAAAAUAAAUGUGUACAGUUCAUCAUCCCUAUGUACAUAAAUUAUCAUGUUAUAGUUAAGUUAUGAUGACGAUUGAAUAAAUUAUCUGGUUACAAUGCCAUUUCUUUACAUUCA